AUGCAAGAAUCUGAGUUGAAAGAUUAUGUGGAAAUUUUGAACACAAUCACAGAAACAAUUCGAUUCACGUAUGAAUAUGAGAAAAAUUCUAAAAUUAAUUUCCUUGAUACAACUGUAAAAAGAGUUAAAUCAAAUGGUCAAAUGACAUUAAGUGUGAGAUGGUUUCGAAAACCUACAGCAGCAGAUCAUCUAUUGAAUUAUGAAUCAAGCCAUAGUAAAUCAAUAAAAUCUAAUAUAACUAAAAAUAUGACAACAAGAAUUUUGCAGGCAACAAAAGAUGGCAGUGAGCAAAAAGAGGAUCUGGAAAUAUUGAAGCAGAUGCUAUUGAAUUCGAAAUAUCCUGUAAAACAAGUGGAAAAAUUAGUUCAAGAGGCCUGUCAGUCUGGCAAUGGUAAUAGCAAUUCAUUGAAGAAAACAGAUGAUUUUAAAUUUAGUUUAAGUCUUCCUUAUGUACCAGGCAUUGAAGUUCUUAAAAGACGUUUGGAAAAGCUGAAGGUCAAAUUAUACUUUUCUUAUCCUUCCAAAUUACAAUCUCAUUUCAAUCGUAACUUGAAAACACCUUCUAGAGCAGUCAUUUAUCAGAUCCAAUGCGAUUGUAAUCCUUCGAGAAUAUACAGCGGUGAAACAAAAGUUGAUUUUGAGAAAAGAGUUGGUGUGUAUAUAUAUAUAGCACUUUAA